AUGGGCCGCAAGUCCUUCCUGCCCAGCCAAAUGGGCCGCAGGUCCUUCCUGGUGGCGCUCGGCGUCGCGUCGACCCGUGGCGACCAGAUAACCAGGUCGAUGAUCGCCGCCUACACCUUCGACGACCAGACGGCCGCGGACACGGGUCCCAACGAGUGGCACGGGACCGCCGCCAACUACGUGCCCGUCUUCACGGAGCGGGGCGACUACGCCAUGAGCUUCGGCGGCAACUGGGACGACGACGGCGGCGUCAUCGACGACGACAUCGUCUUCCCCGCGGCCGUGACGGCGGCGCUCGGCGGGUCCGCGGACCGAUCCUUCUGCUUGUUCGCGGACAUCGACCAGUUCGACGACGGCGUCAUGUUCUACUACGGCGCGGCGGAGACGGAUCGCGAGUUCGGAUUGCGCACGGAGAACGCCGGCGCCCCCGCCUACGUGAGCGUCCAGUUCUACGACGGCGGCGACGUCGCCGUGGACGCGCCGACGGUCGCGGACGGCAAGUGGCACCACUACUGCCUCACGUACGCGGGCGGCGCCGGCAUCUGGAAGCUCUUCGUCGACGGGAACCUCCUGGAAUCGGCGACGAAGGUCCUCGACACGGGCACGUCCACGGCGCUGCGCAUGGGCAACCGCGACACGGGCACGCACGAGUUCCACGGGGCGCUCGACGAGUUCUACGUCUUCAACGAGUCGCUCACGUCCUCGUCCGUGGCCCAGCUCUACACGGCGCUGACCCUGGGCCUCACGCCGUCGCCGACGGCAAGCUUCUCGCCGACGGCGAGGCCGUCGGCGGACAUCUGCAGCCCCGUCGCCUUUGCGGCGCCCGUCGUCGAGACGGCCGCCGCGGGCCCGCGCGACGUCGUCGCGCUCGACGUCGACGGCGACGGCGACGUCGACCUGCUGACGGCGGAGUACGCGUCGUCGUCCGUGGUCUGGUACGAGGCGAACAACGCCGGGAGCGGGUUCCGCGCGUCCGUCGUCUCCGACAGCGUCGACGGCGCGCAGAGCGUCUUCGCGAUCGACGUCGACGGCGACGCGGACGUCGACGCGCUCUCGGCGAGCUACAACGACAACGACGUGACCUGGUACGAGCAGAGGCCCGACGGCUCGGGCAUCGACUGGUACGCGCACCAGAUCUUCGGCGCCGGGGGCUACGUCUACGACGUCUCCGCGAUCGACGUCGACGGCGACGGCGACGUCGACGCGCUCCACGCGGACGUCACCGGCGACGCGAGCCUCGCGCUCUGGGUCAACGACGGCGCCGAGUCCUUCGUCCAGUUCGACAUCAGCACGUCGGCGUCGUCGCCGCGGAGCGUCUGCGGUUUUGAUUUCAACGGCGACGGCGACGUCGACGUCGUCUCCGGCGAGGCGGGCGUCGUGGCCCUCUACGGCCGAAACGGCGCCGGCUACGCGGGCGUUUCGCUCACGUCGGCCGUGUCCAGCGUCUACCGCGCGGUGCCCGCGGACAUCGACGGCGACGGCCUCACGGAUUUGGUCGUCGCGAGCUCCGGCGACAACAGCGUCAAGUACUUCCGGGGCGCGACGACGGCCUCCGUCGGCGCGGCCCAGGUCGUCGACCGCGACAUGGACAUGGCCGUCGACGUCGACGUCGCGGACUUUGACGGCGACGGCACGCUCGACGUCGUCGCCGCGGCCUUUGUCGGCGGCCUCGUCCGCGUCUACGAGACGGACACGGCGACGGUCCUCGCGGACCAGGACUGGGGGUCCGGCACGACGCUCCGGUCCGGCGCGGGCGAAGUCGGCGCCGCGACGCCCGUGGACCUCGACGGCGACGCCGACGUCGACGUUUUGGCCGCGCUCUACGACAACUCGGUCGUCGAAUCCUACGCGAACGAGUGCGAAUCGGCGCCGGCGCCGAGCCUCCACCCGACCUGGCCCCCGACCCGCCUCCCGACGCGCCUCCCGACGCGCCACCCGACGCACCACCCGACGACGCCCAAGCCCUCGCCCGAGCCCACGCCGUCGCCGACGCCCGAGCCGUCGGUCGACGUGCCGAACCCGACGCUGUGGAUCCUCUGCAACGCAAACGCCGACUGCGGCGCGGGCGAGUUCUGCAACAACGACGCCGAGGGGUCCUUCGCGGGCGGCUGCGAGGGCUGCUACUACCCCGGCGACUUCCCUCUAGGCAGCGCCGUCUGCGACCGCUACGUCGCGAGCUGCUGCGGCGACGGCGCCUGCGACUCCUGCGACCCGUCGGCGUCGGCGACGCCGACGGCGCUGCCGACGCCGGCCCCGAUGCCGAAGCCGUCGAUCUCGUCGUCGCCAUCGUCGUCGCUUUCGCCGACGCGCGCGCCGUCGCCGGAGACGCUCGGCGCGUUCUGCAACUGCACGGCCUACGUCAGCGGCGCCGCGCCCCAGGACGGCGCCCUCUGCGUGUCGGCCUUCGGGAGCACCUGCCGGGCGCCCAACACUGUCGGCGCGUGCCCGGGCAACUUCGAGCUCUGCUUCGCGGCGACGGCCGCGCCGACGGCCGCGCCGACGGCCGCGCCGACGUCCGUGCCGACGGCCGCGCCGUCGCUCCCGCCGAGCCCCGCGCCGACGACGCCCGCGCCCACGCCCGCGCCGACGCCGGCGCCGACGCCCGGGCCCACGCUCGCGCCGUUCGCGGCCGGGUCGCCGACGGUCGCGGCGCCGUCGGCGGCGCCCGCGCCCGCGCCGAGCGCCGCGCCGACGCUGAGCGACGAGGAGCUCGUCGCCCUGCUCAACGACACGGCGGCGUCGCUGGAACACACCUGCGCGGGCGGCAACGCGAGCUCCUGCCUCGAGGCCGCGGGCGCGGCCGCCGCGGACGCGGAGGCGCUCGUGGCCGGCCAGUCGCUCUCGGCGUCGACGCGCGACGAGACGCUGCGCGUCGAGGCGGCCGUGCUCGAGGCGACGGCGGCGUCCGGGGCGCUGAGCGCCGAGACGGCGACGAGCGUGCUCGAGGGCCUCUCCGCCGUCGUCGUCGCGGCCGCGGGCGACGGCGACGACGGCGCGGCCGCGGAGGUCUACGCGCUCGAGGACGAGCUCCUGGACCAGACGGCGGCGACGCUCGCGCCCGGCGAGACGUCGACCGAGCUCGAAGCGUCCGCCGUCGUCGCGCGCGUCGCCCUCGUCGACGUCGACGAUCUGGACACCGCCGGGAAGCCCACGCUCCUGCUCUUCGCGCGCGAGAACGCGUCCGCGGCCGUGCCCUUCGAGGCCCUCGGCGGGCCGGGCCACGUCAAGCAGGUGCGCGCCACGGUCUGGCGCGCGUCGCCGCGGGCCGCGACGGGCAACCUCGCCGGGCCGGAGCUCGAGGUCGAGGUCGUCGACGACGGCACGGGCUCCGUCGUCGCCGUCGCGGACCUCGAGCACCCCGUCAAGCUCGAGCUCCCGGGCGCGGGGACCUGCGUGUUCUGGGACGGCGACGCCUGGUCCACGCGGGGGCUGACGCCCGUCGAGAAGGGCUGCGCGUCGACGCACCUGUCGUCGUUCGCCGUCGCCGCGCUCGCGCACGGCGAGUCGUCCUGCGCGGCCCUGAGGCGCAAGCCGGGCGCGGCGCUCUACGCGUCGGCGGCCUACCGCGCCUUCGUCGUCGCCGCCGCGACGGCCUGGGGCACGGUCUUCGCCUGGGGCUUCCGCCGCGUCGUCGGGCCCGUGCUCGAAUACCGGCGCGACCACCGGCACAUGGGCUGGCGCAGCGCCGCCAAGUCCAUCGACACGGUCAACGGCCGCGUCGCCGUUGCGUUCGUGUGCCUGGGGUUGAUGCGGGGCGCCUACUACGGCGCCGUCGCCGUGGGGCCCCGCGAGAACACGGUCUGCCGCGAGCUCGACUCGUCUCUGAUCACGCUCCACGACGCGGGCACGCCCGUGUAUCUAGGCGCGUUGAGCGCCGUCUGCCUCUACUGGUGGCAGCUGCCCCAGACGAAGGGCUCCAAGCCGAGCCGCGCGGUCAACCUCAAGGGCCGCGCGCUCUCGGCGUUCGUCGCCUUCAACGUCGGCUUCCUCGUCCUGAACUGCGCGGCGCUCGCGGGCCUCGUCUUCGGCGCGCCCGUGCGCCGGCUGAGCGCCGGAGCGACGGCGCGGACGGCUCUGAUGGUGUACGCCGCCGCGGCGUCCGUCGAGGGCGUCGCCUACGUCGUCUUCGGCCUCCGGCUCGUGACCCGCCUCGACGCGCUCGCGGCGAAAAAUAAGUGCGACAAGGUCCUGCAGCUCCAGCGGCGCGUGCGCGUGCUCCUCGUGGUCUGCGGCGUCGGCACCAUGGUCUGCGGCGCGCUCGCGGCGCUCUUCGCGUCGCUGAAGAGCCCGACGCCGCGCGACGCGUUCCUCUGCUUCGCGGUGGGCGUCCACGCGGUCGAGCUCGUCGUCGGCAUCGUCUCCGCCGUGCUCGUGCUGCGCAGCAACCUCGGCAUGGAGGGCGCGAAGAAGAGCCUCUUCGACGCCGCGCGCAAGGCGCGCGAAUCCGUCCGCAUGUCGCUCAUGGAGCUCAAGUCGUCGCUGAACCUCGGCCGGCGGACGACGUCCCCGAGCGGCCCGCCGAAGCCGGACCCGGACGGCAUCGAGCUCGAGGACCAUUACGCGCACGUCGACCCCAUGCAGCGCAAGUCCGUCCGCGAGUCGCCGAUGCACCAAUUGGCGCAUUUGGACGUCGACGAGCAGCGCAAGGAGAUCGGGAUCGUGCUGAAAUUGGCCGAGCGGAACUCGAAGAUCCGCGAGGACGGCUCGAGCCCCCGCGCGCGGAGCCUCCCGAAGGAGCUCCUCGACUUCGUCGCCGCGCUCGAGCCCCCGCUCACGGAGGCCCAGGCCGACCGCGUCCGCGAGGCCAUCCGGAUCCUCCGCGGCGAGUACGAGUCCCUACGCCGCAAGUCGUCGAAAGAAGGAAGCCGGCGGAGCAGCGUCGGCAACGACCGGGAGCGCGUCCUCGCCCAGAAGCACAAGAUCCGCAUGUCCGCGGCCGGGGACGUCGUCUAA